AGUUGCAGCUCACAGUGCUAAGCGCCUAAUAAGCCAUGACGAGGUCGGUGCUCCCGCUGCUCGUGGCCGCCCUCGUCGCCGUCGCCGCCCUCUCGGCGGCGGGGGCGGACGCCGCCUGGACGCCGAUCGGCAACCCGAGGAGCCUGGUGAUCAGGCAGAUCGGCAACUUCGCCGUGAUCGUCUACAGCCACGCAGACCCCCGCAAGCUCCGGCCCCUGGCGCUGGUCGACGUCGUGCGCGGCGAGACUCAGCCGGCGGGCUCGGGCGUCACCGACUACCGCCUCGUGCUCAACGUGAGGAACACCGCCACCGGGAGCACGGGCCUCUACCAGUGCGUCGUGCGGGGCAAGCCCGGCUCGCGCGCCACCACGUGGGAGCUCCACAGCUUCGUGCAAUACAAGCAGGCGGCGGUCUAGCUAUAUAUAGCACAUCCAUCAGUUGUCGACGGCAAAGCCACUCCCUUUCAAGCAUCGAUCGUUUAGGGGCCACUGCCUACCACCAGUGACGAUGUACGUGUGUGCUUUUCUUGCCUUAUUAGGAAUAAGAAUAAGAUGUCUCUCUUCCUAAAGUAGUACACCAGCAGAGAGAGAGACGACUGUGUUUUUGCAUUGUUACGAUCAAUAUGAUCUGUGAACUAAAGGAGUUUAAUUUUUGUAUCUCCGCCGUAUCAUGCAUGCAUGCUAUGUUUUACUUCAGAUA